AUGGCCUUCACCGUCCCGGACGCCGCAGUGGAGGCGCUGGAGCCUGCCCGUCUGCCAGACGACGCAUCACUAAUCAAGUACGAGGACGGCCGUAUCGUCUGGCCGAGCGAGGCAGAGGGCGGCAUCCAGGACGCACUCAGCAUCAGAACAGAAGAGAUCGUGCUCAUCGCCGAGGCUUCGGGAGGGCUUCACCUCAUCCUCGUCCUGAGCCAUGCUGAACAAGACGCCGCCGAGCCCUUUCAGCUGUCGUCUUUUACAGCCCGGAGCCUGCGGCAAGAUCUCUUGGACCGCUUCCUUCUCAGAGAAGCCCCGGAAAUCUUCUCAGCAGGCACUGGAUCGCCCUUGGACGUAAUCAUCUCCUCCAAAUCCGGGACCGGCCAGUCCCAGAAAUUCUACGACGCAGUCCUCCGGCCUCUGUUGGGAGCGCUUGGCCUCAGGGGCGAUGAUGGCUCACCGGCGGUCCCCAACCCUCAGACUAGUGGAAGGGCGUACAAAGUGACUGUGACAAAGGACGCGGAAACCGUGAAGGAGUUCUCACGGGCACGGUGGGGGCGUGAAGGGCGCUCCGUCGACCACACGACGAGUGGCGGGGCUGUUAUCUUGCUGUCUGGCGACGGUGGCGUCGUGGAUCUCCUAAACGGGAUCGCCUCACCGGCAGAGCCGAGCCCGCUGCCAACCAUCGCGCUUAUCCCCCUGGGCACUGGUAACGCGCUCUUCCACUCCCUGCACAGGCCUCACUACACAACAACGGCUGGGCAGCAGUCAGCCCCGUCGCACCUGGUCCUGGCCCUCCAGGCCCUCCUGAAGGGCAAUGCCUCCCCACUGCCGACGUUCGAGGCGCUGUUUCCGCCGGGGUCUCAUCUGGUCCAGGAGAACAAGGAACCUGCUGGCAACCCCGAGCCGGUCGCCCGGCUGACCGGGGCCAUUGUAGCCAGCUACGGCUUCCACUCGCAGCUCGUCUGGGAGUCGGACACCCCUGCGUACCGCAAGCACGGCGACAAGCGCUUCGGCAUGGUUGCGCAGGAGCUCCUCAAGGAGGGCCACGCCUACGACGCCUCGGUCGAGACAUCCUCGUCCGCACUCGGCCCCACGCGGUUCAAUUACAUCCUCGCCACCAUGGUGUCGAACCUGGAAAAGACCUUCACCAUCUCCCCGGACAGCCGGCCGCUUGACGGGCGGCUGAGGCUCGUUCACUUUGGGGACGUGGGUGGCCAGAAGACCAUGGAGAUCAUGAUGGCGGCUUACAACAAUGGGGCGCACGUUGGGAUUGAGGGAGUUGGCUACGAGGCUGUGGACUCUAUCAGGGUGACUACCAACGAGCAAGAUGCGAGGUGGAGGAAGGUGUGUAUCGACGGGACCAUCGUGGAGAUCCCGCACGGCGGAACGAUGACAGUCAAGAAGAGCCCUGAGGCACGGCUCCGGGUUUUGGUGCUGAGCGCUUGA